ACCAUCAAUCCCAGCUCAGUCAGCCCAACAGCGUCCAGCAUUCGACUUUCCCAUCAGCCUCGCAUACUCGAAACAUACACGACAGUCCUGUUCGCUCUUCUUCGCGAACUUCAAUAAGACAUAAAAAAAUAACAGACCCGAACACUACACCACAACCGCAAACAUGUUGAUCAAGGUCCGAACAUUGACCGGCAAGGAGAUCGAGCUCGAUAUUGAGUCGGAUUACAAGGUCUCCCAGAUCAAGGAGAAGGUCGAGGAGAAGGAGGGUAUCCCGCCUGUUCAGCAGCGACUCAUCCAUGGCGGCAAGCAAAUGACCGACGACAAGACCGCCGCCGAAUACAACCUCGUUGCUGGAGACACUCUGCAUCUCGUCCUCGCCCUUAGAGGUGGACGAUGGCUAUCAUAAAUAGUAUCUAACGAUAUUCUGGACUGUCGGGGCACAUUCUAGUUCCCAACCCCGGGGCGCUCGGAGGUUCGGGAAUCAUAUAUACCAAGGAAGGACGCAUGAACACACGCAAUAUACGACAGCUGUAGAAUCAGAAGAGUCGAGUGUUGAGUCAGAUGGGUGCUAAAGAUGCGCAGAACGCUCCUGCUAGGAAUCGACAUUACUUAGAAGACAAACACAAGAUGGGAAUACCAUAAAACAAUUGAUUGGUUGU